AUGGAGCAAACAAUUGUUAAGAAAGAACCUGAAGAAAUAGUUGACGAUUUCAUAGGUGAUAUUGUGGUGAAUCCAAGUAUCUGUGCUGACCAAGAAAUGCCUUCAAUAUCUGGAAUAACAAUAAAACAGGAAAUCAAAGAGGAGUUGGAUGAUGAUGAAGCAUUGCUCGAGAAAGGAUCUGAAAUUAAAGAAAGUGAUGAAGACAAUUCUGAUCAUGGAGAUGAAAUUGAUCCUUUCUUUUGGAAUAUUAAGGAAGAAGGAAGGUACAGUGACUUUUCUGAAAAUGACAAAAAUUUGUCAGGCAAUGAAGAAAAAGAUGAGGAUGAAGCCACAUUUGAGAAGAAAAUCAAGGUGGAAUAUGAUGGGGUUCAAUUUGAUUAUACAAGUGGCAAAGAAAAGCUGUUUAAAUGUGACCUCUGUCCUAAGAAAUAUCAAACAAAGAAGGAUUUGUUGGAGCAUAAAAAGUAUUUUCAUUUGAAAAAUGAACAGGAACAAUUUAAAUGCGGCAAAUGUGAUUACCUAACUGUAAGAAAAGGUUGUUUUAAUAGGCACUUAAAAAUUCACGAAAAAAAAAAUAAAUUAAAAUGCCCCUUCUGUCAGUUUUUGUCUGCUGAAUUACGGAGAUUAAAUGCGCACAUUUUUAGUAAACAUAAGUUGGAAAAUGAAGAAAGAGAAAAAAUUAAAAUAUUAAGUAAAAUCCAUGAGUGCUCGAAGUGUUCAUAUUCAACUGUUUAUAAAACAGCUUAUGAUAAUCAUAUUAAAGUUUGUUUGAAAUUGGAAAAUGUUAAAUGGUAUAAAUGUCAAACUUGCGACUAUAAAACUAUUCAUAAAAGGAAUUUAGAUAGUCAUAUAAAAACCCAUAACAAAAUUAAAGAAUUGAAAUGUUUAUUUUGCAAAUAUUGUUGUCAUAAAAAAAUUGAUUUGGACAACCAUAUUUUAAGAAUACAUCCAGAUUCGUUGAACGAACCGAAUAGAAUUAACAUUACUUCUAAAAUACAUUGUUGUCAACACUGUAAUUAUAAAACUACAUAUGCAAGUGAUUUAAAAAAACAUUUAAAUCGCAAGCAUUAGUUAUAUUUAUUCAGUGGUGGAAAUGCACCAAUAAUUAGAGAUCUACGUGAAAAAUACCUACAUACGUUUUUUGUUUUUUUUUCAGGGUUUUUUCACUGUUUCUUUUAAAAGGUUUUUUUAACUUUCUUUUAUUAAUCCAUUGAAGCAUAAUUUUGGCCCCUUUUUUGAAAAAAACAUUUAAUUUAGCAACAAAAUAUAAUUUAAAAUGUUUAAAAUUUGUAAACAGACUUUAGAAAAGAAAAGUGAAUGAAAAUUUAAAAUGCAAAAUGUCAAGUUUUAUAAUAACAUAAUAUUAUAUUAUUAUUGUUUUCCAAUUUUUAGAAUAGAUAUCAAAGUUAAUAAUUGAAAAAAAUACGUUUUUAGAAGACAAAGAUGUUAGCAUUAGAGAUGCAAAAAGGGAAGUGGGGAGUGAUUAUGAUUAUGAUUUUAAGAGAUACUUAUGCAAAAUUAAUGUGGUCAAAAUUUAAAAUGUUAGCAAAAUGUCAAGAUUAAAGGUUUUAUAAUUAAAUAAUAUUUUUAAAGAAAUUAUGAUUUAUAAAAUUAAUGAAAUAAAAAUUAUAAUUAAAGAAUAAUAAUUUAUUAAAAAUUAAAAGACAAACAUUUUUAAAUUAAAUAUAACCUGUAUAUGUUAACGAAAUAAAAUAAAUAUUUUGCAAUUUACGAGUUUUGUAAUUUGAAUAGUACCUGUGCCUAUGUUAAAUUAGAGAACAUGAAUUAAUUUUAAAAAGUCUUUUAGGUCUUAAGGCGUAACUCU